ACCACUCUCCUAAUUUCCUUAUCACACACGCCUUUCAUCUUUUUCUGUCUCUGCAAACCCUAGCUUUUCCGCAAAUCGACAAUGGUGAUCUUCCAUUUCCCCGUCGACAAUGAGAAUCACGUUAUCUACGAUAUUAACUUCUACUCGGACACCAUCAGCACACUCGUGACGGACUCCCCAGCCAUGGUCGAUCGGUGGAUCUCCGAUACCAACCCAGACCAUUACGACAUCUUCGUCGGCCUGGACGUCGAGUGGCGCCCGUCUUUCAACCGCAACAUCUACAACCCCGUGGCCACUCUCCAGCUAUGCGUCUCCCACCGCUGUCUUAUCUACCAGAUCAUGCGCUCAGUCUACAUGCCUGACUCCUUGGAACAAUUUCUUGGUGAUCGUCAUCAUUUAUUUGUGGGCGUUGGCAUAGACAGUGACGUUGAGAAACUGACGAGGGACUAUGGUCUGAGUGUGGCUCGUACAGCUGAUCUGAGGACGGAGGCGGCGGAGCGGACGGGGAUAUGGGAGCUGAGGAACGCAGGGUUGAGUCAGCUGACUGGAGAGGUGCUGGGGAAGGAUUUGUAUAAGCCGAGGGAGAUCACGUUGAGCCGGUGGGACAGCCAGGAGCUGACUCCAGAGCAAGUGAGUUCAAGCAAGAAGUGGUUAGUACUCCUAGUCAUUGCUGUUGGAUCAGUACUAGUGUUAAUGUCAAAUAUUGCUAUUGAUGAUAAUCUACAGAAGAGAAUGUGGAGUAGCAGUGGCCAUAUUGAUCAUUACUCUCAAUCUCAAUAUCGUAGUCGUAAACUUCUAUACCAUCAUGUUGUUACUGGUAGUCCGAGUGCCCGUGCUGGACAGUGGGCUCAGGCUCAAGCUCAAGCACUCCCUUAGUCAGUCAUGGUUCAGAAGGUUGUGGACGUCCAUCUCCUAAGUCUUAACUUAAGUGAAAACAUGAUGUUGUUUUUGUUUGAUGUUACCAUGUAUAUGUGCAAAACAUUGUUGCUUGUGGUCAUCAGUCCCUUAGAAAUAAUUCCAUCAGUCGAAUAAUUCUGUAUUUUUAUCUACAAAUUUGUGUGUAAUUGAAUUGGGACUAAUAUCAGACGUU